AUGGCAGCGCAGUCGACGUUACGGCCUGGCCCGGACGAAGCACUCCGGGCUCUCUUCAGCCGCCUGCUCGACCGUCUCCGUGGACGACUCAGACGAACACCUCGAACAAUACGCCUUCUAGCUGCGGUACUCCUCACACUCGGACUCGUUGGAGGAAGCGUUGGAUCAUACAAAUGGUGGAUCGAUAGACGCAAGGAGAAAGAGACGGGCAGACGGCUGUUACGACGCAACUCGGGCCUCAAAGCAAAAGACGGCACAAGAACACUCUAUGUCGCAUACAAGUCUUCGACCGCCAAGGUCGUCAUCAACCCGACCAAGCAGACCACUUUCGAUGCCCACCGUCGCUUGUUCCUGCAGCCGCCGAGGGCCGUUGGUCUCAGUGACAGCAACCUGCCCCAGGUCCCCCCUCUUCAGACCAAGCCUGGCCUAAACCUCGCCUUCUUGCACCAGUUUCUGAGUCUGAUGAACAUCCUGAUUCCACGAUGGGGAAGCAAAGAGACAGGCCUGCUCUUCAGUCAUGGCCUUUUCCUGCUUCUGCGAACAUAUCUGUCCCUCGUCGUCGCCCGUCUCGAUGGUGAAAUUGUGCGAGAUUUGGUUGCAGCUAAAGGCAAGCCAUUCCUCUGGGGUAUCGCCAAAUGGUGCACCAUCGGCGCUCUGGCCAGUUACACCAACGCCAUGAUCAAAUUCUUGCAGUCAAAGGUUUCGAUAGCCUUCCGCACUCGUCUAACUCGCUACAUCCACGACCUAUACCUCAACGACAACCUCAACUUCUACAAACUCGCCAAUCUUGAUGGCGGCAUUGGUCAUGGAGCUGAUCAGUUCGUCACUCAGGACCUGACUCUCUUCUGCGACUCUGCCGCCAGUCUCUACUCAAGUCUCGGAAAGCCCUUUGUCGAUCUUUUGGUCUUCAACUAUCAACUAUACCAUUCUCUCGGUCCGCUGGCUUUGACGGGCUUGCUGGCAAACUACUUUGCAACCGCCACAUUACUCAGAAGACUGUCACCUCCCUUCGGCAAGCUAAAGGCCGUCGAGGGCAAACGAGAGGGUGACUUCCGAGCUCUUCAUGCUCGCCUGAUUGCCAAUGCCGAGGAAGUCGCUUUCUACGGCGGCGACCACAUGGAGAAGCUGUUCCUCGAUAAAGGCUUCCAAGAACUCAAGAGAUGGAUGGAGGGAAUCUACAGUCUGAAAAUUCGUUACAACAUGCUUGAAGACUUUGUGCUCAAAUACUCCUGGAGUGCCUUCGGCUACCUCAUCACUUCUCUACCAGUCUUCCUCCCCGCUUGGGCUGGACUUGCAGAAGUUGGAGAUAGAAAGGUAGCGCAGCCAGCGUCCGAGGCCUCUUUGAUGGCACAACCACCAACAGACGAAUCUGGCAGUCGCACUCAGAACUUCAUUACGAACAAGCGAAUCAUGCUUUCGCUUGCCGACGCAGGUGGCCGUAUGAUGUACAGCUUGAAAGACUUGUCAGAACUAGCAGGCUAUACAUCUCGAGUCUACACUCUGAUCAGCACUCUCCACCGCGUCCACGCCUCAGCCUACCAUCCACCCCGCAACACAUACCCCGAACUCUACUCCCUAGCCGACACACAAGGAACACUACACAAAGGCUUCUCGGGCGUACGUUUCGAGAACGCACCCAUUGUUGCACCAGGUCUCUGGCCUCAAGGCGGCGAAGAACUCCUCGACAACCUCAACUUCGUCAUUCAAUCCUCACAACACAUCCUCAUCAUCGGCCCCAAUGGCUCUGGCAAGUCUGCUGUUUCUCGCAUCCUCGCCGGCUUAUGGCCAGUUUACCGCGGUUUGGUGUCUCGCCCUCGCAACGUCGGUCAAGAUGGCAUCAUGUUCCUCCCCCAACGACCCUACCUUUCCCCAGGCACCUUACGCGAUCAAAUCAUCUACCCACACACCGAACCCGAUAUGCGCGCAAACUCACGCCGCGACUCCGAACUCGACGCCAUUCUGGCUGACGUGCGUCUCGCAUACCUCCCAUCCCGCGAAGGCGGCUUCGACACGCGCAAGACCUGGAAAGACGUGUUGAGUGGAGGAGAAAAACAACGCAUCAGUUUCGCUCGCUUGCUUUACCAUUCCCCCUCUUUUGCAGUCAUUGACGAGGGAACUUCAGCUGUAAGCAGCGACGUCGAAGGCUUGCUCUACGAAACACUGAAGAAUAGGGGUGUCACACUACUUACCAUCUCCACACGCGCAAGUCUGAGAAAAUAUCACGAUUACGUGUUGACCCUCGGAUUGGGCAUGAAUGGCGAUGAGUGGGAGAUGCAGAAGAUAGGCACGGAAAGUGAGAAAGAUGGCGUGGAGAAGGAAAUCGCAGAACUCAAAGAUCGACUGACGCAUGUCGAGGCUUGGAAGAAGAGGAAAGCAGAGAUUGAAGCAGAGUUGGCGGAGGUUUGGGUGCAAGGGGGAGGCGAGGGUGAUGGCUACAAUACUGAUAACACUCAGGACCUGUUUGUUACGCCUGCAGCUACGCCAAUGGAGAGAGGAUCGCCGUAG